AUGACAAUAUCGAGUCCGUUAACAAAUUGCAGAACUGGACACUCGGAUGCUUAUAGCUUGUCAUGGGCUGGUUGGAUGGUUCUUCAAGCUCCUGUUCUAAAGAAGUACCCAGCAAAACUCACCUUGACAUCAUUCACAUGUUUCUUUGGUCUGAUUCAGUUUCUGAUCAUUGCUCUGUUUGUGGAAACUGAUCCCAACAAAUGGAUCAUUGUCUCUUGGAAAGAACUCUUCACCAUCCUUUACGCAGGAAUAGUGGCUUCAGGUGUGGUGGUUUAUCUUCAGACAUGGUGUAUUCAUAAAGGCGGUCGUGUCUUUGUCGCUGUCUUUCAGCCACUUCAAACACUUCUUGUCGCUGCCAUGGCUUUUCUUCUCCUCGGUGAUCAAUUGUACUCUGGAAGCAUUGUUGGUGCAGUGUUCAUAAUGUUGGGGCUUUACUUAGUUCUUUGGGGUAAAACCAAAGAGAGAAGACAAAUGAAUGAAGAACAUGAGUCACUGACUAGACAUCUUCUUAGGGAUGAAACUAAAGAAACUCAACACAACAACAAGGAUUGUGAAUCUGCAGUUUAA